AACUUUAAGAUUAUUUUUUACAUUGUGAUUUUUGACAGUUUUUCUGACCCAGUUUGAAGUAAACUCUCUGAGUUAAUUAGUUCUGUCCAAGCAACUUCCAAACUCCUUCUCCCAGAGGAAGCUUUGUAAAUAGUCCUGGUGCUUGAGCUUCUUUAUUUUUAAAGCCUGAACACAGUAAAAUCUAAAAAGGGGUGGGUUUGCCCUUGUUGAAACUGGCAACCAAACAUUUGCUAUAAACAAAUGUUUAUAGAUGUAUAAGGCUACAUCAAAUAUUAAUAUAUUCAAUACUGCCUGACACGAGGCUGAUUUAGUCCAAUUCCUUCCUUUCCCUGCAGCCAUGGGCAUGUGGAUGUGUUUUGUGACCCUGAGCAUGGACACUGGCUGCAGAUGUUCUGCGCCUGCAGUUUGGAUAAACCAGUGGAAGCUGGGGAACUCCUACAGAGAUCAUCCUGUGCUACCCAGAGAUAUUUGCUACUGCCAUUUGCAAAAUGUCUGUCCUGCUUGUGGACCAAUUAAAUAAUCAUGAAGAGCCGUGGUGGUGCUGAAAUUAGGGCUGCAGGAAUGCUGAAGUGUCCUGUGUUUACCCUGCAUCAGGCCCGUGGGGUCUGCCUUUGGCUGAAUUAUGCUCAAACUGAACCUGUAGGUAGAAGUUGAGCACCUGGAAGGCUUCAGGUUCAAGAGUGGAGUUCAGGAGCAAGCAGGGCUCUUGUGAAUCAGAACCAAGGUGUGAUGGUCACAAACCUAGGGUUGUGUGUUAGAGGAGGGGGAGUGGAUGUUGACAUUUGCAAAUUGCCUUCAGCUGUUCUGUUUCUUUGUGCUGAAAACAAAUAUGCAAAAUUAUCUUCAAGGUGGCAAGUUCUGAGUCUUGGGGAGGAAAAGACCAACUUCAAGUGAAAGAAACUGGAGCUGAAGGAACUUCAGAGCUCUGAAAAAUAAGGUUGUUGCUACCACAUCAGGCAUUCAAAAUCAGGCCCCCGGCAUUUGACCAGUGUUGAUAAUCUUCCUUUUCUUCUCCUCCUCCCUUUGAGCAUUGGGGAAGGGCUGGGAAGGACCUUGAGCUGUGAGGAAACAAUUCUGCCAGCAGAUGUGGAUAAACCUUCAUGCUUGGAGUGUUCUGAGAUCAGCGGUCUGCACUCCCAUAAAACAUGGAAUUGGUCCAUGGACGCCUUUCAGUUAUUUUGCCAUGGCGUAACUUUUGCCCUGUGUUCAAUCCAAGGCAUUUCACUUCUGCUCCUUACCCAGUAGUAACAUUCCCUCGCAGAAACAGCUUCACUUUUGUUGAUUCCUCCUAAUAGCAGAGAAUCAGCAAAGCACCACAUUAUAUAUUAGCCUGAAAGACACCAAAUAAUAAUGUGUUGUUUUAUAUUGAUGAUCAAGUGUAAGAACCUCAGUACCUUGGUUAAGAGGUCUGGCUGGAAUGUUCAGCUGGAGCACAAUAAAUGUCUGCCAGAGAGCUGCUUUGUCCUGAAGAUGCCAAAUAUAAAUAUAGAUUUUUGCUGUGUAAUCCUACCCCCACCCCCUCCAUAUUCCUGCUAUAUUCCACUUCUUGCAUGCACAGAAUACAUUUUUCCUUAAUACCAUUCAAGAAGAUCUCUGGAAGAACAGAUUAUUUCUGAAGGGUUUGUGUGGAUUUCAUAUUAGCAAACCUGCUCUAUUGGGGUGUGUUGUGUAAAGGAAUAUGCAGUCCUGACAGUAAAUUCUGCAUUUCCAGAACUUAGCAAUGAGGGAUAGAACUGUGGGAUGAAACUGGAGGAUGCCCCCAUUAUCAGCCAGGCCUCACCCUCAGAUCAGAGACUAUUAGUAAAGAUGCUCGUUGUUUUUCUAAUACAAAAUUAGAAGUUUAUGUGUUCUGGGAUUGGGGUUGGGCUUCCCCAGCUCGCCUGGCCUCAGGUGUGUUGUAAGAUUAUGGCAGGAGGGAGCCCCAGCCUCUGUCUGCACCAGUUUGGGCAGAACCAGAACUAUUCAUUCAUGUGCAGGAGCGUCACUGUCCCAGAGACGUCUACUCCUGCAGCACCAUGGGCACCUUCCCACUCCCUGGCACAGGAACUCUGUCUGGAACAGCAUGUGGAGCUUGGAGAUCUUCCACUGACCUUCUGCCAUGGCACUGAGCCAUGCCAUCAGCCUCAGCCCCUGGAAUCUGCACCAGGAUGCUGCUGCUCCUGAAGUGUUAGAGGGAAGUAAACUGGAUGAAAUCCUGCAGGAAGCUGAGUCCACUUAGAGUUAUCACUUCUUCAAAAUGGGAUGUUUCUCUUUGUGUUGAAAUGAAAAUAAUGUUCUGUCUCCUUGGGGCUGCACAGAAGGACAUGAGCCUUUCAGAAACAAGUCCAGCAUCUUUGAAGCUUUAAGAAAUACAAGCUUCAGAUAAAGAGAGGGAAGAACAUUUGGGAUGAAGCUUUGAUAGGGUGCUGGAGGCAGGAUCCUGAGGCCAGGAAGCACGCUGGAGUAGAAGACAGAGAGGGCUUCUCCACUCAACAAGGAGCCCUGUUUCAGAGUGAAGCAAAUGUUUUCAGACUGAGGUUUCAGUGAAGUGCAGAUGGCUGAGAAAAGAUCUCAGACUAAUGAAGUGCUUUGAAUAAAAGCUUUGGAGCACAGCUUGCAAAUGCAACCAUCUUUGGCUUGUCUUUCAUUCUGGAGUUCAGUAGCUCUGUCAUGCACAAAGUAAAGAAGAUGAAGGAGUGAGUAAUCUUUGCAGCUAUUUGCUCAUCAGAAAUGUGGUUUUUUAGUUUUGUUUUUUUGUUUGUUUUUGUAAAAUGCUUGGUUGUAUUUGCAGGUCAGGGGUAAUAAAAGAUGCACUUUCAUAAUUUUAUCUGGACCAAUAAAGUGUUCCUGCAUGGCCUUUAUUUUAAGCUCCAGGGAUGAAUCUCUGAAGUCUGCCUUCAUUCCUUUUUCAAAGCUGCCCUCUGUGUGUCUAGAUGGGUUUUAUAGUUCUGCAUCUGGAUUUCCUGUGACGUCCUUAGCAGGACAGGCUGAGUGUGUGCAGGGCUGUGCUGGAGCAGGGAUGGGUGUCAAACCCCUCCUUCCUUCCCUUAGUGGCGUAGGGAGAUGGGAAUGGGGGUUCUGGUUGGUUCAUCCCAGAUUAUAUCUGGUAUUUCUGGGGAGAGGAGUCAGAUCCUUCCCUGCUCCAGCAGGGAAUUCCUUUCAUAGGAGACAGCUUUUAAUGAACUUCUUAAAGUGACUCCAUUCCAUGGGCAACAGUUCUCCAUAAACUGCUACAACAUGGGUCUUUCUUCCUCAGGGCCAGCCCUUCAGGCUGUUCAGCAUCACUUAUUUGUAAAUCACCAGUUUCCUUUGAUUAAAUUACUGUUUCAGCAGCACUCCCGCACAGAUAGUAUCACAGAGUCAUUGAGGUUGGAAAAGACCUUUAAGAUCAUCAAGUCAACCAAGAUGUGCCUGAGAGUACUACUGGAGACCAGUGCUCCAAAAUUAAAAUGUUUCAAAUAAAAGGUUUUUUUUUUCCUGCUGAGGUGGUGUGGCAGCACACAGAUGGUAGUUACUUCCCUCAUGAUGGGAUACUGAGUGUCAGUUAAUGAAAGUUUGUAAAGGACUUUGACAGAACUCAUUGCCUGAAAGAUAUUGUAUCAUUUUAAUUUAAUAGUAAUCUUUUUCUUUACUUCUGCAGUGCCCAGACAAGCCGUGCCCUGCUCCAAUACCCAAACCUGUGAGGAAAUGGAUUGCUUUGAGAAUGGAAAGUUUUGUACUCAGAUGGGCUCCCAGCAGCACAGGGAGAGGUACAGAAAUCCCAGAUUUUCCCCGUUUCGUGUUUGAAUGCAUUUAAAGAGACCCUGGUCUUGCUGUGAGUAGAAUGAACCUGUCAGACCAAGUGUUACAGUUCUAUAUCCAGGAAAUACAACAGACACCUUUCAUUUCUUCAGGUUCUCAGCCCAGGCUUCCUCAUUCCAAGAGGUUCAGAGACACUGGGAACAGUGCAGAAAUAAUGUUACACUUUUAAUUUGAUAUUGUUUUAAAUUUUGGAUGUUUAAUGAUAUCAGAGACAUUCCAGAUGAUUGCAGAAACGGGAAAUAAUGGAGCUUUUACUGCCAGCAGUGGCUGUCAGGUGACUGAGGCUGGCAGACCUGUCAGACGUCUCCGGAGGAAGAGAAGAUUGCCUCUGGAUUCGGAAGAUGAGGAGGAAAAUGCAUAUGAGGAUGAGGAGAAGAAUAAAUCAAAUAAUAUGAAAAGCCGCAGAAACACUAAACCAAUAAAACAAGUGCUUCCUGGAAAGAAGAAGGUAUGGAACUGGUCUUCCUACUUGGAAGAGGAACAGAUGCCAGCUGCUCCCCAAAAACUGUUCAGAGAGUAUCAGUCAUUCCCACAAGGCCGAAAUGGAUUUAAAGUUGGAAUGAAAUUGGAAGGGGUGGAUCCUGAGCACCCCUCUCGAUUCUGUGUUCUCACAGUGGCUGAGGUGCAGGGGUACAGGAUGCGACUGCACUUUGAUGGUUACCCAGAGUGCUACGACUUCUGGGCUAAUGCUGAUUCCUCAGACAUCCAUCCUGUGGGCUGGUGUGAAAAAACAAGCCAUAAGCUGCUUCCUCCUAAAGGUUUCAAGGAGGGAGAAUUUAAUUGGACUUCCUAUCUGAAGAACUGCAAAGCUCAAGCAGCUCCAAAAAGCCUUUUUAAAACCCUCAGCAGUCCUGUCACACCUUCUGGCUUUCGUCUGGGAAUGAAACUGGAAGCAGUGGACAAGAAGAACCCGUCACUGGUUUGUGUCGCCACCAUCACAGACAUGGUGGAAAACCGACUGCUGAUCCAUUUCGAUAACUGGGAUGAGAGCUAUGACUACUGGUGCGAAACGAGCAGCCCAUAUAUCCGUCCUGUCGGCUACUGCCAAGAAACUGGAACCCCACUGACAACACCACCUGGACACAGGGAUUCCAAAGACUUCUCAUGGGAGAAAUACUUGGAAGAAACUAAUUCCCAAGCAGCCCCAGCAAGAGCCUUUAAACUGCGUCCUCCUCACGGAUUUCAAGUUAAUAUGAAGUUAGAGGCUGUGGACAGACGAAAUCCCAUCUUGAUAAGAGUGGCAACAAUCAUUGACAAAGACAGCCACCGUGUUAAGAUACAUUUUGAUGGCUGGGACCAUCACUAUGAUUUCUGGGUGGAUGCAGACAGCCCUGAUAUCCAUCCUGUGGGCUGGUGUGACAAAACUGGACACGCUCUGCAAGUCCCUCUAGGUACUGAAGAUCCAGAGGGAGCAGUGGGACAGGCGUGUCCUACUCCAGGCUGCCAGGGGAUCGGGCAUGUCCGGGGCCCCCGAUACGGAACACAUUACACCUUAGUUGGCUGCCCAUACUCUGAUGUAAACCUCAGCAGAGAAAACCUGUUACAGGACCGGCUGAGUGGGGAGAGACCUUCCCCUGGGAACAGCAUGCAGAAAGCCAGGAAGCUGGAGACCCCUGGCCCAUUGUUGGGAACAGAGGAGUCUUCUCAGGGUGACUCUUCACAAUCCAGAAAAUCUGCACCAAACAGUGAAAAGUGGUGUGAAAGCAGCAUCCAUACUCCAUCAGAGCAGUCAGAAAACAGUCAGGAGAGAGGCUGGGGAGAUGAGGAUUCCUCUGCAGACCUCAGAGCCACAGCAAAAACGCUUGGGUGCUCACAUGCCUAUAUCAAGUUUCAGCUGGUGAAACAGGAAAGCAAUGGGAAAGGCCCUGAUUUGGAUCUCCAGCAGGCUCUCCACCAGUCUAUCUUCAUGCCUUCCCUGACCGCUAACCCGACCCACCGCCUCCAUCUCUUCUGGGAGCAGCACUGCAGGCUCUUGCCGGAGGUCUCAGGCCUGACAGCCAAACAAGUUGCCAAAUGGACUGUGGAGGAGGUAGUGAGCUUUAUCCAGCAUUUACCUGGCUGCAAAGAGCAAGCAUCUGUGUUCAGGGAAGAGCAGAUUGACGGUGAGGCAUUCCUGCUUCUCAAGCAGAACGACAUUGUUAAAAUACUCAGCAUCAAGCUGGGCCCUGCCCUGAAGAUCUACAAUGCCAUCCUCAUGUUCAAGUCUGCAGAAGACAACUAAGAAGAGACCUUUGGCAGAUCCAGGAGGAAUUGACAGGGAUUGGAUCUUCAGCUGUGAGCAUUACAACACACCAGACAGGUAGAUUGGGACUCAGAUGGAUUUUAAGUAGAACUUAGUAAAAGUGGUUUGAGGUUAUAAAAAUCCUGCCACAGUCUGGAAUAUGGGGCAGCUUCACUUCCAAGAAGAGGAUAUUAUUAUAUUUUGUAAUUGAAUUUGGUUUUGAUAUAUCAAUCUCUUUUUGAGAUCGAGAAGAAACCUCCAGUUCUAAGGGGAAUCCAGGGUAGCACUGUGGAGCUGCACAAGCAAGAAGAAAGUUUUGAGACACUGGCUUUGUGUCCAAUGAUAGUGCCUGAAAGACUGAGUGAUCACCAGCGAGAUUAAUGUGUUCUUUGUAAUAAAAGAGAGAGGAAAAAGAUGCACUUCAGAGCAACUCCCCUGUGUCCUUCACUGCUGUGACUCAGGAGCUGACCUUUCUGGGACUGAUUGUUAAAUUCCAGUUUUUCCUACUGAUCCUGGUUGUUGUGAUAGCCUUGGCUGCUGGGCUGUUUACACCCCAGCAGGAUGGGAGUAUGGGCAGAGGGUUUCCAUCAGGGUUGGGUUGCACUGGUACUGCCAGCAAGUAAAAUGUUGUCAUUCCCUGUCAGGAGGCAGGGGCAGUGCAGGUGGGCUUUGGGUAGGCAAAGAUUCCGUAAGGGCAACUGCUACUGGAGACAAAGAGAUGUAUUUUAGCUGUAAUUCUCCCAUCAGUGCUUUUGUGCAGCUCCUUCUGGGCCAGGAACAUCUGGCAAAAUGGCACAAUCAGGAGCACUUGGGGAUUGGUGUGUAUUCUUGCCCUCUCAACCAAAUGUUAGGAACAGGAAUUGGAAAGCCAGCAGUGGCCAGAGUGUGUGUGUAAACAGAUUUCCUAGAAACAAAUGACUUUUCUUUUGAACCAUCCAAACUGAUGAAUGUGAAGUGCUUUGGCCUUCUCCCCUUGAGGUGGACUUUGGUGUGUUCUGCCAGAGAGCUGGAGAGCAGGGCAGCAGCUCCUCUGCCCCUGUGACGGGGGCAGGCAGAGCACACAGGGAUGUGAGAUUGGAGAGAAAUCAGGAUUUAAACAGCAAAAUGUUGGAACAGUUACUUCCCAAAAGAAAGCUGCUGUGUGUGAGGAAAGGAGUGUAGCCUGCGGCUGUGUUCCUGCACGUGCAGCCUGUGCUCUCCUGGGUGGGAGCACGGGUGGUUCCUGUUCCAGCAGAGCCAGUUUAAGAGCGUGCCCAUGGAUAUCCUGGGUGGGGUUAGAGUACUUCCAAGCUGUCCUGUCCCCACGGACACCCUGGCAGGCGCGGUGAGUCCUGCUGGGCUCUGCUCCGUGUUCCCACUUAGUGCUGGCAGCACCAGCUCAUGACUGCCCCUCUGGCCACUCUCCUGCUGACUGUUUGGCUGUUCUAGAACCGCCUCAGCUCAGGCAGCCCUUGUAGCCCCUCAUCUGUAGCUCCAGGCUGAAUCCUGUAUUUGGGAGUCCUGGGGGUGUGUUCUGGUGCUGCCAAAGGCACGUUCUGCCCUCAGCCUCUGCCAGGCUGUAUGGGUGUCUCAGGGCACUGCAUGGUGAUGUGAUCUAUCCACAGCUCCUCAAACUCCCUUGGCAUCUCUGCCACCAGUGCGGCUUCCCAGAAGCUGUCAGGAACAGAGCAAACACAUUGUCCAUGACUGUGUGGUGACACAAGGAACACACUUGUUCCCCAUUCUUGCAUCAUCCACGUCUUUUGUCCAACCUCCUGCUACUGAGAAGGUUAUUGUGACUUGGCUGAAGCAGAAGGUUUCUUAAAUUGAAAAUAUGAAUCCACACCACUGAAGCCAUCCAGUCCUGGAAUAAUACUUAGAGCACUUUGUAUCCAUAUUUUUUUUUAAAUAAGAAUUUAAGGAGUUUAAGCCUUCACACAGGGAAGACACAGGUUUCGUGGGAUAUUUAAUAGCUGAACCAUUAAGUAUCAGCCAGGCAGCUGCAGGGGAAAGAUUUAUUGCAGUGUUAAGACUAGCAAGGGGUGAAUUUAUUUUAUUAAAAUAAAUUUUUAGUAUGAUAACCAGGAUAUUCACCAAAGAGUCAUAUUCGUUUAUCCUGCUCUGCACAUCCAGUGUCAACAUAAAGACUUGAAUUGUAAGUGGCAUGUCCUCUGACAGAAGUCACCUUCUGGGCAAAGCAAAAUUGUUUCUUGACAGCUGGAACAGAGGAUCCAGAGCUGGGCUGUUUUAUUCCUGGCUCUCCACUGAGUUGGUAAAUAACCCUGAGCCCUUCCUUGCCCCAGUUUUCCCCCUCUGUGACACCCAGCCAGGUGGGGCAAGUGCAAUUUUGCCUUUUUGUUGUUUCAAGCAAGCAGGUCCUGCCAGAUUUUCUGUUUCACCUUCUUCCUUUGGGAGCCUGAGUCGGGGGACAGCCGCUUGCCUCUAUCAGUAAACCAAAAUAUAAUAUGAAUUCCAGUUCUUUUACUAUAUAUAGAUGGAGGAUGAAGAGAAUCGGUUAAACAAGCAGUGAGAUUCUAGUCAGUGAAAUUAUUCAAACAGAAGAGAAAUCUUUAAUCCUUGGGGCUUCCAAGCCAGCUGGAUCAAAGAGGAAAAUGUGUACUUGGAGGUUGUUCAGUGACAGCCAGCACAGUGCUUUCAGCAGGGGGGAAGGAGGAACCUUUUAGGGAUGGAAGAAGGAGGAAUGUGCUUCUUGUGCCUUUUUUUGUAAUCUGAUAAUUGUCUUUGCAGAGCAAGCAAGAAUGUGCACACAUCUAUUACCAACUCCUUUCCCAAAUAUAGCUGUAUUCCAAUAAAAUCUGGCACUUCACAGGACAAAAAGACUUCCAGUGUCUUCACUGGACACAUUUAAAACUCCUUGAUAUUUACAAGAUAGAAAAAAACCUAAAUCAGCUCAUCUUUUAGCCCCAUAACUUAGGAAUUCAUCAGUUGCUGGUGCCAUUCCAUUUGUGUCAGGGAGUGUGAGUUGUUUCUGCUGCCUGUCCAAACUCUGCUCCGCCUGUUCUCAGUCCUGCUCCAGGCCUGUGGCACAGCCAGGGCUCUGCAGAGGCCUUUGGUUAUCUGAUGCCUUGUGUAAUUUGAAAUGUGCACUUUGAAGCAAAAAAUCUAGAAGUUGCGCUUCUGUGGGGAGCAAAACUGAAUCUGGUUAAUGCCAGCUGGGACUGGGAGGAUUUCAAGUCUGCUGGAUCUCAGUAGGAACCAGUUGUUGGUCCAGUUGUUGGUCCAGCUGAACCCAGAAGUCUCUUAGCAAUACAGAUAUAUUCCUUAGAAGCAACUCAGAGCUGUGACAAGUUCCCAGGGGCCAGCAGUGCAAUUGGGAAUUUCCAGUUCUCACAAUCUUAUUCCUGGCUGUGUUUUUGUUCCCUUACCGCUGUGUUUGAAAUUCAAAACAAUCAAAUUUUUUCCUUUUCUCUUUUUCUUGUUGGCUGGGAGUCCUGUUAAAUUUUUUCUGUGCCAUCACCAACAAUCAUCCCCGUAAUCCAGUAGCAGCAAAUUUCAGCUGUGGGUAAUGAAUCACAUUAAAGUCAGACAGGAGCAUUUGGUGUCACCAACAGCAAAACUCCACCGCUGCAGGAAAAGCCCAACACGGCCCCAGGAUAAGCCAGUUCAGCUGUACAAGAUUUCCUGCCCGCUACUUUUAUGCCCUGCUUAGGGAUUUAUACCACAGAGAGAUUUUAAAGUUUUUGACAUCCCCCCAUCAUGUGAUGAGCCAGCUUAUUUUGGAGAUUCCUGUUACUUGAACUGGAAGGACGAGCAGAGGAAGGGAGCAGGGGCUUGGCUCAGCCUCAGAAAUGUCUGCCUGUUUUAAACCAAAUACUUGAGCUUUUCGACACUAGCCAUGACCUUGCACUCCACCGAUGCUUUCCUCUGGAAAUUUGAAUAAAAUUAAUGUAAGUUAA